AUGUCCGACUCAGUUCCCAAGAAGGGUCUCUCCGACAAGCUGGAGAAGAAGCGCAAGAGACAAGCCGACGAAUCGACCAAAGAUGGCCCAAAGACCGAGACGCAGCCCGCACCAGCGACGGAGGGCCUCAGCAAGAGGCAGAAAAAGCUCCAGAAGAGCAGGAAGAAUAAGCCUGAGCAGGACCUGACGUCGCAGGAUCGCGAGAAUGGCAUCGACAAGUCGAUUGGGAAGAUGGACGGAUCGCUGCUGGGUGAUUACUUUGCCCAGCGCGCAAAGAAGUUGGACAAGGAGCUCUCAGCUGUAGAGCUCAGUGACCUCUCGAUUCCCGAAUCCGCCUUUCUCGAUACUACUUCCUUCGAUCUGACCCGCUCAUUGGAGCAAUUGCCCGCUUUCCUCAAAAAAUUCAGCCCCAAGGGAGCUGAUUUGUCCAAGUCUUCGACGAAGGAGGGUACUCCCCAUACGCUUGUGGUGUCGGCUGCUGCCCUCAGGGCUGCGGAUGUUGUGAGAGCCCUCCGGCCUUUCCAGACCAAGGAGUCAAUCGUCGGAAAGUUAUUCGCGAAACACAUUAAGCUGGAGGAGGCCAAGCAAUUCCUCCAACGUGCUCGGACUGGUAUCGGUGCUGGUACGCCUCAAAGACUGUCCGAUCUUCUGGAGUCUGGAACUCUCAAGGUGGAUGAACUAGAGCGCAUUGUUAUUGACGGAUCCCACAUUGACGCAAAGCAGCGUGGACUCUUCGAUAUGAAGGAUACACAUUUGCCUCUCUUGAAGCUUCUGACUCGACCUGAGCUUAAGGACCGAUAUGGGGCUUCGAAGAAGAAGAUCCAAAUUCUGAUGUUUUAA